CGCAUUGAUGCCUAAAGGCUCUGCUGCGCUAGGUGCUGCUUUCAGAGAUUGGAGACUGGAGUGUCCCUGGCGGCGGUUGUAGCUGGACUUGGUUACCUGCGGUUGCUUUGCUCCAGAGCAGCGGAAAGCGAGUGGGAACUGAGUUGUCUUGAAGCCAGUCCUUCAGCCUGGGAGAUCUUUGGCUUUAGGAUGGGGUUGGCGGCAUGGUUCCUGCAGGCCUGCAAGAGACGCGGGACUAGCUGGAGGAAGAAUCCUCACAAGGAUGACUAUGGUUUCUCAAACACCUUGUACCGAAUCCGGCAGAAAGAUCUGGGCAUGAUCCACAAAGCUGCCAUUGCGGGUGAUGUGAACAAGGUGGACCAGAUUCUCUUACUCAGGGAAAAUGAGAUAAACGACACAGACAAGAAGAUGAGGACUGCUCUACAUUGGGCAUGUGCCCAUGGCCAUCCAGGAGUGGUAACUCAUUUGGUGGCCAGAAAAUGCCAGCUUAACCUCAGUGACAGUAAACACAGGACAGCUCUGAUCAAGGCUGUGCAAUGUCAGAAUGACGUUUGUGCAUACAUCCUCCUGGAACAUGGCGCUGAUCCAAAUAUUAUAGAUACGUACGGCAACACUGCCCUGCACUAUGCCAUUGACAAUGAGAAUAUACCAAUGGCAGGAAAACUGCUUGCAUGUGGUGCAGAUAUCGAAGCAAGAAGUCAGGGUGAACUUACGUCACUUUUACUUGCCAUAAAUAGGAAUAAAGAGCAAAUGGUGGCAUUUUUGUUGAAGAAAAAACCAGAUUUAACUGCAGUAGAUAAUUUUAAAAGAACAGCCCUCAUACUUGCUGCUCGUAAUGGAUCAACAAGUGUAGUCUACCAGCUUCUUCAGCACAAUAUUGAUGUCGUUUUCCAAGAUAUAUCUGGAUGGACAGCAGAAGACUAUGCUGUUGCUUAUAACUUUCAAGACAUUUGCAGACUAAUUUCUGAAUAUAAAGCAAACAAGAAAUGUAAAAGUCUCCAAAACAGCAAUCCAGAAGGAACAGCUAACAAGAUCACACAUUCCUCAAAAGGAAAAGCAAGUGCAAAAGUGCAUGCUGCUACCACUGAAGACUGCAUGAACAGGCUUUCCUGCAGACGGGAUACUUCUUUAUGGCAUACUUCACAGGAUGGUGACUUCAAUUUUAAAUCCAAGAGUAUCUCAAAGAAUAUUCUCCAGAUGCAUGGUGGUAGUUCAUCUCGGCCUGUUGAUCAGCAGAGGAAAAAUGCAGUAAAUGGAAAUGUAGAUGAACAAGACUUAAAAAUGACAUCAGACAAGGAAGAUCCAGGACGGCCAUUUAGGAGCAGCUCAGAAUUGCAGCUCCUGGUGAAAGCACAGAGGGUUGCAGAAAAAAUGAAAACAUGCAGAAAUAAGAAAAUGGAGGUGUCAAGAAACCUACAUGCCAAUUACAGUGACAGUGAUCUUGAUGAAUUAAUCCAAGAAAGAAGGAGCAGAAAACCUGAUAAUCAUCAAUUUCCCAGGCAGAAGAGUGAAGAGAAUAAUGGGCUUGCAAAGAAAUCAUCUAAUAAAAAGAACAAGGUUAAAAGACAUCUGUAUUUCAAGGAUGACCUUGAUGACAUAAUUCGGUCAUCUGAAACAGCCUCAGAGAAAGAUGAGUUGCCUUAUUCUGAUGAUAUGAAUUUUAUGUUACUCAUUGAACAACAUAGAAAGGAGUGUAAAGAUUUUGUUAGCCUAUUGAAAAUCAAGAAUGCAAUAUCUGCACAUGAAAGAUUAAUAGAACAUAAAAUACAUUACUGUGAACAACUUACUGUGAAAUUUCAAAAAAUGAAAAAUGAGAUUAGUAAACUACGAAAGGAACUGUCUGAAAUAGACAAAACCAAAUCACAGAUAGAGCAUCAGAAACCUGAUUGGAAACAAGAGCUCCAUAUUUUAAGAUUAAUCUUACAACAACAAGAAGAAAAAAGAAGAAAGCCUGAAAAGUAUGAAAAAGGUACAGAAAAGUUCAAAAUAAUGGAAGAGCAAUAUUGGACACAAGCCGGAGUGAAAAACCUACUUAAGCUGACUCACAAAUCAUUGGAAAUGGAAUUGAAGACUGUAAGAAAUAAUUUAAAUCAGAGUUCUUUUACCCAUGAAAAAGAAAGAGACCUGUGGCAGAAAAAUCACUUGAUGCGGGUUGAAAUUGCCAGACUCAGGCUAGAAAUAGACACAAUAAAACAUCAGAACCAGGAAAUUGAAAAUAUGUUUUUCAAGGAUAUUGAAAUUAUAAAGAAAAAGAAUGAAGACCUUGAAAAGACUCUAAAGCUGAAUGAGGAAACAUUAACAAAAACAAUAAACUGGUAUAGUGAAGAGCUUAAUGGUCUGACAUUGGAUAAGAAUACAGUGCUCAAUUCUGAGCUAGAGAAGGAAAAACAAAGAAAGCAAAGACUGGAAACAGAAUUGGAAUUAUACAGUCGUAGACUGGCUGCUGCUCUAUGUGAUCGUGAUCAAAGUCAGUCAUCAAAAAGAGACCUACAGCUUGCUUUCCAGAACACAGUAAAUCAGUGGUGUCAUUUACAAGAAAAUAUGAAUUCUCACAUUCAGAUUCUUUCUCAGCAACUUUCUAAAGCUGAGAGUAAAUCCAGAGGCCUGGAAACUGAGCUCCAUUACGAAAGAGAGGCUCUCAAGGAAAAGACGUUGGCUAUAGAACACAUGCAAGGAGUCAUAAGCCAAGCACAGUGUCGAAUGAAGGCCUUUGAACACAUGUACCAAAAUGACCAACAUAUAGUGGAAAAAUAUGUGAGAAAGCAGCAAUCUGUACAGGACGGACUAUUUCAAAUACAAAGCCAAAAUUCAUUGCAUCAACAGCAACUUAAUGAUGCUCACAAGAAAGCUGACAAUCAGGAAAAAACAAUAAUUGAUAUCCAAGCCAAAUGUGAAGAUACUGUAGAGAAACUUCAAGCUGAGUGUAGAAAGCACUGUAUUCUGCUAGAAGAGAACAACAAGGGGUUGAUAGAGGAAUAUACUCUUUUAAAAGAAAGGCAAUGCCAGUAUGAAAAAGAGAAAGAAGAAGGACAAGUAGUUGUGAGAAAACUCAAACGAGAGCUUGGUGAUGUCCUGAACAAACAGUCACUGGCAGAAGGUAUGCUAGAGAUUUCAUCACAACGUCAAAAUACGUUAGAAGAUGAGACACGAGAUACAAAAAAGAAAUUAGAACUGAUGAGAAGUCAGGUAUGUAUGAAACUUAGCCUGUCAACAGUUACUCUGUAGCUGGUUAAUAUCAGC